ACUAAAUGUGUAUUGCAGUGUAUUGAUGCUGAUUGAUGCUGUAGUUGGUGGUUUAGUUUGUCACAAUUUUCGUCCGUGCGUUUGUUUGUAGCAAUUUAGAUUUUUACUAAGUAAAGGAGCGUUUAGUCUCUGGGUUGUAAAGUAUCGCUUUGCAAAGAUGUCAAACACAUCGAAAUCAACUGAUAAUGCUCCACACAUGGAAAAAGGCUGGCAUGCCUUAAGACAACAUGUUAUUGACAAUAAGAUUAAAGUUGGGUUAUGGGUUACAAGGCUUUUCACAAUUAUAUUUACUGUUGGUUAUAUCAUUCCUAUAUUUGGCAAUAUUUAUAAUAUUUAUUAUAAAGUUUUAAUGAGUAGUGCAGCAACAAGUGCAUUACGUCUUCAUCAAAGAGUGCCACGUGUUCAAUUAAACAGGCAAUUUUUGGAACAUUUAUUUCUUGAAGAUUCCUUCCAUUAUUUAUUUUAUUCUUUAAUAUUCUUGUAUGCAGCUCCUGUUACUUUGGUGUUAACUCCCAUAUUUUUGUUUGCACUAAUUCAUUUUGCUAGUUACUCUCUCACACUACUUGAUUGUUUAGGACAAAACAGUUGGUGGGGAGCACGUCUAUUUAUAAAUCUAAUCGAAUUUCAAUCUCGGAACAUUUUACGGCUAUGUGCAUUAUCAGAGAUUAUUAAUCUGCCAUUGACAGUCCUCCUUGUCUUUACGGGUCGUGCUGGUUUACUGACACCACUCAUCUACUAUCAGUUCUUAAAAUUACGUCUUGCAUCUCAACGAAAUCCAUCCACGCGCAAUGUAUUCCAUGAGCUUAGAAAUGGACUGAGUUCAAUUUCAACAAAACCAUCUGUACCAGAUAUUGUUAGACGAAUGAUUGAAGGUCUAUUGUCGCUCACACAACAAAUGGUUCCAGUUCGCCAGUAAUUUUUGAUUUCAGGUACACCAGUUUUUAAAGAUUAUCUAGGGUUCUAGGGUCCAUGCAAUAAAAAUUUCAUACAACAUGAUCCGAGAACAAGAAGAGUGCAAAUA